AUGACAAACGACCCAGAGACCCUAACGCAACGUAUCACACCUGCUAUCAUGGCGCAGAUUCCGGUUGAGACAGGGGCGACAACAGCCAAAGAGCUACCAGCUCCUUAUGUCCCUCAGGAUCACGACGCGGUUGCAAGCCUUGUCCGAGCCCUGGAAGAGAGUACCAAGUCUAAGCGCAAGAAUGGAUUCAGUGUCAAGAAGACACGCUUCGACGUGUCGAACUCUGCUGACGGAAUCAUCGUCGACUCUUGGAGAUUUCAGGAUUGGGACUACAAGAAGCGGGAUCUGCCGACCUAUGCACGAGGGUUGUUCACCACCCGUAGUCGGAAAGGUGUACCAGAAAUUGCUGUCCGGGGCUACGACAAGUUCUUCAAUGUGGGCGAGGUCCAUGAGACUCAGUGGAAUAACAUCAUGAAGCAAACGGCUCCACCUUACGAGCUGACGUUGAAGGAGAAUGGCUGCAUCAUUUUUGUCAGCGGCCUGGAGGAUGAUACACUUCUGGUUUGCAGUAAGCAUUCCACGGGAGACCGCACCGAUAUCGAUGUCAGUCACGCUAGCGCAGGUGAGCGAAGCCUAGAGAGACAGCUUCAAGCCAUUGGACGAACGAAGCAGGAUCUGGCACGAGAGCUGCGUCAGAGAAAUAUCACAGCGGUCGCUGAGCUGUGCGACGACGCUUUCGAGGAGCACAUUCUGGCUUACGGACCCGAGAAGGCGGGUCUUUAUCUACAUGGACUGAACCUCAACGUGCCAGAAUUCAUGACGUAUCCCAGCACACAUGUCCAGCAGUUUGCCGAUGACUGGGGCUUCAAAAAGGUUGGCCUCAUCACCAUGGAAAGCAUUGACGAGGUCAAGAAGUUUCUGGAGGAGGUCGCCGAGACUGGAGCGCACGAAGGACGCGACGUUGAAGGCUUUGUUAUUCGGUGCAAGCGAUCCUAUAAUCCUGACAAGGCUCCCUUCCAAGACUGGUUCUUCAAAUUCAAAUUCGAGGAGCCUUAUCUCAUGUAUCGUCAAUGGCGUGAGUGCACAAAGGCGCUCAUAUCUGGGAAGCCACCAAGAUACAAGAAACAUGCGAAGAUCACCGAGGAAUAUCUCUUGUAUGCGCGUAAACGACUUGCGGCAGACCCGAAACUUGGAAAGCUUUAUAAUCAGAACCAUGGUAUCAUCGCCCUACGAGACGACUUCCUUGCCUUCAAGAAUCUGAAGGGUUCCGAUGCAGCAGCAUUUGAGGAGAUCUACGGGACUGGUGGCAAGUCAGAAGUUACCCGCGACAUUAUAUUAGUGCCGAUAGCGACCAUAGGUUGCGGCAAGACCACGAUUGGACUUGCCCUUACGAAGCUCUUCAACUUCGGCCACGUUCAGAACGACAACAUCACGGGGUCAAAACGACCACCUCGGUUCACAAAGAUGGUUCUUGAUCAGUUAGAGGACCAUGUUGCGGUGUUUGCCGAUCGGAAUAACGCACAAAGACACGAGAGGAAGCAGAUAUUGACUGAUGUCAAGAUGCAGCAUCAUAAUGCGCGACUUGUAGCGCUCAAUUUCGUUCAUGGCGACAUCGAGAGAAUUCGUGAGGUGACGAGAGAGAGAGUCCUCGCUCGCGGGGAUAAUCAUCAAACUAUUCAAGCUGCAUCUGACCAGGGUAAGGUGGUAGGUAUCAUGGAAGGUUUUCUCAACCGUUUUGAAGAAUGUGAUCCCGAGCGAGCACCAGAUGAUGGCUUCGAUUCCAUCAUAGACCUAGAUCCGACCUCUAGCAGCAGAGAGAAUCUUGGAGUUGUCGUCAAAGAAUUGAGGAGACUCUAUCCGAACCUGGCCGAGGCGGUGCCGACAUCAGAAGAGCUAGAUGCAGCCAUCCAGGCUGCCUUUGAUGACUAUAACCCAGACUUACGACAUACCAUUCCAGACCGUGGUGGACGCAAGAAUGACCGAAAUCAGAAUCAGCAAGCCGCCCAGAAACCACAGAAGAAGAAACCUCUUGAGUACAUGUCUAUAGACAUACCUGCGAAAGAUAUCAAUGCGUUGCUCGAAAAGACUUUUGCAAACGUAACCUCAGAACGCAGCAAGUUCUAUAAGCAGCUGAAGCAGACUCGGCGAGUCCAGCCGAAAUUCCAUGUCACCUUGAUGCAUCGUGCCACCGCCAAGGAGCAUCCGGAGCUAUGGGAGCGAUAUACUCGACUACACGCAGAGGCAGAGGCCAAGAACCCUCUAGACGGGAAACUGGGCGAGUGUGAGGUUCUGUUGGAACGGGUACAUACCUCUUGA